AUAAAUACUGUUCGAAGGGGCUGUCGGUCAGACUCACUGCAGCAUCGGGCCCACGGGUGCUUUCUCGAGCAGGUCCCAAACACGGCAUCGCUGGACAUGGAGACCGCAGUGUUCACCUGCUGGCUGCUGUUGGUUCUGUUCAGCCCGGCCGUUCCCAUGUGCGUUCCCACCGACUUCACCCUGUACGUGGAGAAGCCCGAGUGCGACUACUGUGUUGCCAUCAACACGACCAUCUGCAUGGGCUUCUGCUACUCCAGGGACAGCAACGUCAGAGGGAUAUUCGGCCCACGCUUCCAAAUCCAGGCGGGCUGCACCUACGACGAGGUGGAAUACCGCACGGCGAUCCUACCCGGCUGUCCCGCCGACUCCGACCCCGUCUUCACCUACCCGGCGGCUCUCAGCUGCCACUGUGGGGCCUGCAGGACGGACAGCGAUGAGUGCGCGCAGAGGGCCAGCGUGGGCAGAGCUCGCUGCACCAAACCCGUGAGGCGUAUCUACAGGUACCCUGGAGAGAGCAACUACCUGACCCCUUUCUGAGGCCCCGUGGGGGGGGGGGAUGACAGCAGUCGUCCUUUAGCUUGGAUACAGUGAUGUGCACGCUGUCUGUUCUGGGACUUAUUGUACCGGCCUGUUGUAUUGUGUCUUUUUUUGUGCAAUGUAACUGUGCUGCAGCUCCGCUUAUCAUGUUUACAAUGUGGGGGACUUUUACCGGUGUCAUUACUUAUCCACCUGUGUGUGUGUGUGUGUGUGUGUGACUGACAUAUUGUGUUUACUCUGAAAGGGAUACUCUGAAUGCAACUCAAUUAAAGCUGAAGUCUCUAAAUAGC